AUGGCCUACGAUGAAUCUGGAGCACUUUCUUCAACAGCGCCGAUCUACGCCUUCCUCGAGCCUCGCAGAUUAGAUGGAAGGCCGACGAUGGAGUGGAAAGAAAAAGAUCAUCUUGGAGAAGCUGGAAGCAUCAUGUUGUGUAAUAGAAGUUUCUCCAAUCAUUCUUCUAGGUUUGAACUGGAACAGGAAGUUCAUACGCUCCAACAAGUGUUGCAGGAAGAAAUGGAAUUGCAUGUCAUCCUUGAAAAUGCUUUGGAGCAUGCUGCUGUAACACUAUCCGAUUUGUCAUACCUUCCAAAUGAGGCACAGGAUUUGCUGUCCAAUACACCAUCAUUAGAGAUGACUAUUUCCAGAUUAGAGGAAGAGAUGACCUCUUUGCAUUUUCAGCUUAUUCAAGAAAGAAAUGAAAGAAGACUUACUGAGUAUCAGCUAAAACAAUUGCCUGCACAGCCAUCAAAAUUCGCCCCUGCUAAAAAUGCAGCAAACGACACUAGCAGCAUGUUUGAUCAAGAAGAGAAGUUACCAGAGAAAGAAUUCUGUCAGGUUGUGCCAACUGAAAUUUUCAGAAAACAGAUCCCCAUUAAAGACCUUUGGAAUCAUCCCAAUCAGCUAGCUAAAGAAAUAGUCCGUUGCAGAUCACUGAUUGAGCAACUAGCAGAAGAAAACCCAGUUCACCUUACCGGCAACGAGAAAUUGGCACUUUGGAUAAACUUAUACAACGCACUGAUCAUGCACGCUUAUCUUGCAUAUGGUGUUCCAAAGAGUGAUAUGAAAUUAUUUCUCCUCCUAUAUUUUGCUGCAUACACGGUUGGAGGGCAUUCAUUUAGUGCUGCUAGCAUUGAAUAUGGAACACUAAAAAUGAAGCCACCUGUCCACAGACAUCAAACUGCUUUGCUACUUGCUCUUCACAAAUUAAAACUAUCUGAAGAGCAGAAAAAGUUUUCAAUCGAGACAUUUGAGCCACUUGUGGCAUUUGCUCUGAAUUGGAUUCUCUCAUUCGAAGCUUAA